AUGCAGAACGUCAAUCCUACGAUUAUCAACGCCGCAGAUCUACCAAGGCGUGAGUCUGUUACAAAGACGACGGCUCCAUCUCGCAAAGCAGAUGUGUUUGAUGGCACAAUCUUCGCGAGUAGCAAUCUUGCGACGCGACCUUGGGAGGACGACCCGUUUUCUACAUAUCUCGAUAAGUCAAACAGUGAAACAGAGAGCGUAGGGGAACUUGAAGAUGAUUCGGAAGAGCCGAUUGAUGAGCAGGAAAUCUAUGACCUAAUAUCUACCAUAUCUGAUCCUGAACACCCAAUAUCUCUCGGCGAACUUGCUGUAGUAUCACUUCCAGACAUUUCCAUUACCCCAGCACUUCCCAGUGACCCUUCGUCACCCCUUAAGAAAGUUACCGUACUAGUUACGCCCACCAUCACACAUUGCAGUCUGGCCACUGUGAUUGGGCUUGGGGUGCGUGUGAGACUUGAACAGAGCUUGCCAUCACGGUUUAGAGUUGAUGUGCGGAUCAAAGAGGGCACGCAUAGCACCGCCGAGGAAGUGAAUAAGCAGCUAGCGGAUAAGGAGAGAGUUGCAGCCGCUGCGGAGAAUUCAACGCUAAUGAGCGUAAUCGAAAAAAUGUUGGAGACUUGCAAAUAA